ACACUUGGAGAUAUUCCAACAAUGAUUCGGAGACAUUUCCGCAUAAAGAUUGUGGCAUUAUAUCAUACUGUUGUGUCACCUAUUACAAUCACCAUGCAUAGAGAAUCGCUUUUCUAUUGCGUUAAAUUUGCAUGCAAAUUUCACAUACAUUCUUUGUCUAUGAGAGUGUCGUACAAAGAAUGUGUUCCGAUGUAAAUAACUUUCCUUUGUAUAUCAUACAAUCAUACAACAAAUACUGUUCAAUUCCUGCUGUUAAUUUGUAGGUAGAUUUUAUUGGAAAGCUCUGCUUGAUUUUUGUUGCCAAUCUGUCAGCAAGUUAUGUCAACAAACUCUACUCGAUUUCUUCCGCCAAUUUGCUGUCUAAUUAUGUUAACAGAUUUUGUCGGGAGAAUAUAAGCUGAAUGAGGACGCAGUUGAUGUCAGUCUGCUGACAUGUUUUGAUCAUAUCUGCUGUCAGUCUGCUGACAUACUGCCAGCAUUCUACUUACAGAGUUUAGUGUGGCCGCAAAAUUUUAGUAAAAGAUAAAAAUUUACAAAUGGCUACAUUGAGACAAUACAUGAAGGAAUUGUUACGACGAUUCGUCAGAUUUGAAAUGAAGAGUGACAGAGUAACAUUAGAUACAUUGGCCGUGAAUGUUGGAGAACAAGAUUUAUUAUCACAUCGCUCAUACUCGGACAUUCCAGGACCUAAGCCGAUCCCUUUGUUGGGUAACACCUGGCGAUUUCUGCCUUACAUAGGAAACUUCGAUAUACGAGCAGUAGACAAAUUGUCAAAGAGAUUACAUGAUCAAUAUGGGGACAUCGUGAAAAUAGAAGGACUCUUGGGCAGACCGGAUAUGGUAUUUGUGUACGAUGCGAAUGAAAUCGAGCGCAUCUUUCGACGAGAAGAAAAAAUGCCUCAUCGACCUUCAAUGCCAUCGCUCGAUUAUUACAAACAUGUAUUGCGAAAAGAUUUUUUUCAAGACAACCCCGGUGUCAUUGCCGUUCACGGUGACAGCUGGUACAAAUUCCGGAGCAAGGUUCAGCAAGUGAUGCUGCAGCCGCAAACCGCAAGAAGAUAUAUCGGCGCGAUCGAAGAAGCAAGCGAGGCAUUCCUUCACAGAAUAGCAAGAAUACGAGAUGAGAAACACGAGGUACCUAAUGAUUUUCUCAACGAGAUGCAUAAGUGGUCCUUAGAAUCAAUUGCACGAGUCGCGUUGGACGUGCGUUUAGGUUGCUUAGACGACGAUGCGGAUGCGGAAACGCAAAGACUCAUAGAUGCAUUGAUCACGUUUUUCAAAAACGUGCCGGUGCUCGAAUUAAAGAUACCUUUUUGGAAAAUUUUCAAUACACCCACGUGGCAACAAUAUAUAAAUGCUUUGGACACUAUUGUGAGUACAAUAUCGAAAUAUACAGCUGCCGCUUUAUCGAGAGCCAAGAACAACAUGGAUUUGGAUAAAGAAUUGUCUCUUUUGGAAAGAGUUCUAGCUCUCGAGGGUAAUACAAAAAUAGCUUCUAUUCUCGCUUUAGAUUUAUUCUUGGUUGGCGUUGAUACGACUUCGACUUCAGUGGCCUCGGUGCUUUAUCAGUUAGCAUUACAUCCAGAAAAACAAAUGUUGGCAUAUGAAGAAAUCUGUAAUGUCCUACCGCAAACAGACGUACCUCUCGAAGCGAUAAAUAUCGAUAAUUUAAAAUACUUAAGAGCGUGCAUUAAAGAAACUCUAAGAAUGUACCCAACUGUCAUAGGCAACGGGAGAAGUACAACUUCGGAUACUAUAAUUGGCGGUUAUCACGUGCCGAAAGGAGUGCAUGUGGUAUUUCAACACUAUGUCAUUAGCAACAUGGAGAAAUACUUUCCGCGCUGUCAUGAGUUUCUUCCGGAACGAUGGUUGCGUGAAGAUGAAAUCCAUCAUAGAUUCGCAUCUCUUCCUUUCGGUUAUGGCAGGCGCAUGUGUCUUGGGCGACGAUUUGCCGAGCUCGAAAUGAUUAUUGUUAUUAGCAAGAUUUUGCAAUGUUAUAAAGUGGAAUAUCACUAUGAGAAAUUGGAAUAUUACAUCAAUCCAAUGUACACCCCAAAAGGACCGUUAAAGUUGAGAUUUAUCGAAAGAUAGAUUUUUGUGGAAGUAGUUAAAAAUAUUGACAUUUUUAUAAACUUUGUUUCAUAAAUAUAUGUAAUUAUUAUGUAUCACCAGUAUAUACGAAGAAAUUUCUAAAAUGCAUUUUACACACAAAGAAAUAAUUCCAGAAAGAAAUUGUUAAUGUAAUUCGACAUUGUGCAUUUUCUGACGACAAAUAUAAAUCUUGAAAUUUA